AUGGCUCGUACUAAGCAAACGGCUCGGAAGUCCACCGGUGGCAAAGCUCCACGCAAACAACUCGCUACGAAGGCCGCCAGAAAGUCAGCGCCUGCUACCGGUGGUGUGAAGAAGCCGCAUCGCUACCGCCCUGGAACGGUCGCCUUGCGUGAGAUUCGUCGCUACCAGAAGUCAACGGAACUUUUGAUUCGUAAACUUCCGUUUCAGCGACUGGUGCGUGAAAUUGCUCAGGACUUCAAAACUGACCUUCGAUUUCAAGGCUCGGCCGUCCUAGCUUUGCAGGAAGCAGCUGAGGCUUACCUUGUGGGCCUUUUCGAGGACACCAAUCUUUGUGCGAUACACGCAAAGCGUGUUACGAUCAUGCCCAAGGACAUCCAGCUGGCCCGUCGCAUUCGUGGAGAGCGUUCAUAG